AUGGCUUCGCCAGCCGCGAAUAUGACAAUGUCGAACGCGACAGUAACGGAGGUGGCUAUGGCGGAGAUGCUAGCGCAACUAGCGGCGGUUGAGGCGGAAUGGGUGAGCGUAGCGGAGCGCGCGAAGAACAUCGUGCGUCUGACGACGGGCGUUUGGCGGAUAACGGCCGCCUUCAUCGUGCUCUUCAUGCAGCUCGGCUUCUCUUUAAUAGAGGCGGGCACCGUUCGUUACAAGAACACGCGCAACAUAAUGAUAAAGAACGUGCUCGACAUGUGUGUCAGCGCCAUUGCCUUCUGGCUCAUUGGCUUUGCCAUCGGCUUUGGCAGCGGCUCUGAUUUCAUUGGCUGGCAAACACCCUCUGGCACGGUGUCGAUGGCAGUGGUGCCCCACGAGAGUGGGACGCUCUUCUUCUUCAACUUUGUCUUUUGCGCCACCAGCGCCACCAUCUUUGCCGGUGCUGUGGCCGAGCGGACUCAGAUCACCGCCUACCUCUUUUUCAACUUCUUCCUGGCAGCGAUCAUCUACCCGGUCAUCGCACACAUCAUCUGGUCGCACCAUGGGCUGUUGUCAGCUGAUGCGGGGGACUACGUGUUGGGCACCCGUGGCGUGCUGGAUAAUGCCGGCUCCAUGGUUGUUCAUGUCACUGGUGGCGUCACCUCAUUGGUUGCUGCAUGGAUGGUUGGUCCACGGAUUGGAAGAUUUGAUAUUGAUGGCCGCGUUGUACCUUUUAGAGGGCACUCCUUGGUGUUCAUAGCAGCGGGCACCAUCAUCCUCUGGGUGGGCUUCUUUGGAUUCAACGGCGGCUCAGUGCAGUACCUGGGGCAGCCCGCCUCCGUGUGGGUUGCUGACGUGGCACGCGUGUGCGCCAACACCACCGUGUGCGCCGCCUUUGCAGGCGUGGCGGUGUGGUUUGUGACGUACCGGCGCAAGGAGCCCAAUCUAGAGGACACGCUGAACGGCGUGAUUGGCGGGCUCGUGGCCGCGUGUGCCACGAGCAGCAUCGUCGAGGCAUAUGCUGCUUGCAUCAUUGGGGCCAUAGCGGGCGUGGUGUACCUGGGGGGGGUGUAUCUGGUGAACAAGGCGCGCAUUGACGACCCCGUUAAUGCCACGGCGGUGCAUCUGGGCUGUGGCACGUGGGGCAGUGUGGCGGUGGGAUUCUUCGCAUCACCAGCAGCAGUGCAGCGCACCUACCAGUUCUCCGGCCCCGUGCCCUGCGGCCUCUUCUACGGCUGCGGCGGCUCACAGCUGCUCGUGCAGAUCCUUGGCCUUCUAUUGGUGUACGCGUGGGUUGGCCUCACAUCGUUUGUCCUGUUCUACGCGCUGCACUAUUUUGACGUGCUGCGAGUCAAGAGGCACGAGGAGGAGGUGGGGUUGGACGUGGCAUUCCACGGGGGCAACGACGAUGACGAGGCGUUUGACGUGGUGGAGGAUGGCGACACCAUGGCACGCAGGCUGCUGACGUGGCGCAAACUGCAGCACGUCUCAGCGCUCUUCUCCCGAGCAGCCGCCAAGAACACCAGCCGCCACAACGGCUACGGCCCAAGCGGGGCGCCAGGCAGGGUCGGCAAAGGCGGCAGGGGCGGCAAGGGUGGUAGCCUGAGCCAGCUGGCACAGAGCCUCCACCCAAAGGGGUGGAACGUGCGGGAGAGGCAGACGCGGCGGCCCGUGUGGCACAAGGCACUGGAGAGCACGCAUCUAGGGCGGUUCUCUCUGGCCAUGUAUGAGGCCAACUAUAUCAUGGAGGAUACUGUGGAGGUACAAUCGUCGAGUCGAGGGGUGUUCAUCGGGAUCCACGAUGGGCACAAUGGGAGUGAGGCGGCGGAGUUUCUACGGGAAACACUGUACAGCAAUAUCAUGAGCGAGUGCACCGAGGGCAAUGGUGUCUCAGUAGAAGCGUUGCGGCGGGGUUUUGAUGCAACGGAGAGGCAGCUGGCAGCGAUCGUGAGGGAGGCGUUUGAGGAGAGCCCGCACCUGGCCAUGGUGGGCGCGUGCUCUGUGGCUGCCUUCAUCACCCCCACUGCCAUCUGGGUCGCCAAUGUUGGCGACUGCCGCGCCGUGCUUGGCCAGGUGCGGCAAGUGUCAGAUGGAGUGGAGUGCAGAGCAGUGCAGCUAACAACGGACCACAACCUGUCAGUGGCGGCCAUCCGAGAGAAGUACAUCGCGGAGCAUGCCGACAUGCCCGACGCCGUUGUUGAGCGCCGCGGACGCUUCCGCGUGAAAGGCAAAGUGAUGGUCACCAAGGCCUUUGGGGGUCUCUACCUGAAAUCAACCGAUUUCAACCGGGAGCCGCUGGUGUCGCGCUUCCGCGUGCCCGAGCCCUUCAACCCGCCGCUCAUCUCCGCCGACCCCUCCGUGGCCGUGCGCGUCUUCUCUCCCCACGACUCGUUUGUCAUCGUGGCCUCCGACGGGCUCUUUGAGUUCCUCUCCAACCAGGAGGCUGUCAAUAUUGUGGCCAGCAGCCCUAGGAAGGACGUGGCUCGCCAGCUAAUCCGGACGGCGCUGCAGCGGGCGGCAGAGAAGACGGAGAUGCUGUACAACGACCUACUGCGCAUGCCGUCCGGGCAGCGGCGGGAUUACCACGAUGACAUCAGCGUUGUCGUCUUCUUCCUGGACCAUGACGCCAUGCGCCGAUCCUCCCACAGCUUCUGGAAGAAGGACGUGUCCAUAAAGGGCGGCUCCGCUGCCUCCUCUCUCCUCGCCGCCCCCACCAUCUCCGGUGCUGACGUGCACAACAUCUCCAGCCUACGUGGCGCCACAUCAGCGCGCGACGCGCUGGCAGACGCGCGGGCGCAGCAGGGGGAGGCUCCACCUCAGGGCAGCGCCACAUGGCAAGCAGGGUCGGUUUCUGAGGCGCUUCAAAGACAGGGCAGUGCCACGUGGCAGGCAGGCACAGUCUCUGAGGCGUUUCAGAAUCAAGACAGCGCCAGGUGGCAGGCAGGGACAGUCUCCGAGGCGUUUCAAAGGCAGGGCAGCGCCAGCUGGCAGGCAGGCUCAGGGGAAGCCGAAGGGGAGGUUCUAGGACACGCGAACGGGAGAUGGGGGGGAGGUGGGGGGAGGAGUGGGUUUGUGAGUGUGGGUGGGUCAGGGAGCAGCAGAGGGGGGGUGUGGAGGGAGGAGGAAAGGAGCAUGUCGGGGAGCCGCAGGCAUGCUGAGGCUCUGGUGGGGCUGACUGUGCCUGAGGAUGCUGCAGUGGAUGUCAGCCAAUUAGGGCCCGCCAGCUCGUUUGCUGGUGCGAGCGCGAGAGCUCUGCUUGACUAA